AUUGUAGCGUUUGUUGUGUCGGUUUAUGAUGUUAGCGCGGACUUGAAGCUGUGAUGCAGAAUUUCCUGUUGCGUUGGAAUCGUUUGGGUGGCCUAAAGCAUUUUUUAGCUACUGAAGCGCAGGGUUUAGGGGUUUAGAACAAUCCUAUCCUCGUUUCUGUGGGAGGCAUUUGUUCGAGCCAUGACGGUUGGGAUCAUGGUUGCUAUCUCUUUGCAUGGGAGUUGCUCUUCUCUCUUGCAGGUUUCGACUCCUUCGACUUCCCGUCUUGAUUCUGUUUCUCAGGUUUCCAGUCUGCGUGUGCAGUCUUCACUUGGGUGGGUGUCCCGAAGACGAUGCGCGUUGCUGGGAUUCCCUGUGGCGUCUUGGACACCGGCAGUGGGUGGGGUUCGCGUCGCCUCUCGAGAUGAAACUUCGGUUUUAGAUGAAGAGGAUGGUGAUGAUGGGUUGUCUUAUUAUGAGAAUGAAUUAGGUCUAGAGGAGGAAGAGGAGGAGGAGGAGGACGACGACGACGACGAGGUGGAGGAUGGGGAUGUUGUAGGCGCUGUGCGUAAUGAGCAGGAACGGAAUGUGGCCUCCGGUGGUGAGAAAGUGAGGCGAACAUUUAGGCAGUUGGGAAAUAAGGAGAAGAAGGAACUGCGGGCAUAUGCACAUCAGUUGGGCAAUGACAUUUGCAUACACCAGGUUGGAAAGUGGGGUUUGACUGCGAAUUGUAUUACAGCUAUCAGUGACGCACUGGAAGCAAAUGAACUCAUCAAGAUUAGAGUACUGGACAAUCUGGAUGAAGAACUUGCUGAUACGGCUAGUAAGCUUGAGAGCAAAACUGGAGCUCAAAUCGUGGGUAAGAUGGGGAGAACGUUGUUGCUGUACCGACCCAGCAUGCGUAAGCUUAAAGCAGCGCAAUUAGCCCAAGAGAAAGCUUUCAAGUAUCAGAAGAGGAAGACUAUGCUAGCCUCAAGAUCGAAAAGUAGCAAAUCGUUUCCUGGUGCUUCCAGAGGAAAGAGAUGACACUCAGCUAUUGAAAGGACUGCGUACUGUAUUUUAGUCAUGUUCGAGUUGACUUGGCAAUCAGCUCAAACACCUUCCACCAGUUAGUGAUACUUUUUUGAUGUAAUUGUGAUGAGGAGAAAUAUCACAAGAGUUGUCAGAGAUUAGCACCAGUGGGUUAACCACGACAUGUUCAUCAUGUAACUUUUGAAGCACAUUCAAGCAAUCUUAGUUCAUUCAAAUCGUUAGAUUUCACUUUAUCGGACCAACUACAGUUUUUAUA